GCCACCGCAAAGAUCAACCUCAAAACAAAUUGGAGCUGUCUCACAGGCCAUUCUCUCUCUCUCUCUCUCUGAGCCCGAGGACUUCCUCCUCAAAGUCCGACGUCAUUUUUGUUUACCAUGCAACUGCCAUAAGAGAAUUUAUUCUACUUACAUUCAUCUUCCACACGAUCAUCUCUCAACUAUUAGAAUUCUCACCACCAUCACCAUCAUCAUCACCCUUUGAAACUCAAGUGGACUCUGCUUUUCGUGAGAGCCUGAGGAGCUCGUAAAGGCUCUGACUUUUAUGUGGAAGUAGCUGCUUCUGAAUUCAAAAAUGAGAAGAAGAGUUAUAUCUGCAUGCCAACUUCUAUCAGCUUUUCAGUAUCAAGAAAACAAUUGCUCUGUUAAUUUGGUGAGAAGGCAACAACCCCUUUUGAUAGAUGCUAAUUGCACCACUUCUGUUUGUAGACCUAUCAGUUCUGCUGAUAAUGAGAGAUUUCUAUGCCCCAAACUUCUCAUCUCAAGAGCUCUGUCAACAGAAGCUGCUAAAUUUUCUAAACAAGAUGCGAACAGAGCAGGUCCGCUUGUAGAGUAUGAAAGAAGAAUCGCUGCUAGUGAGCUUGUGGAUGGUGAUAGCUGUCAGGUAGGCACCUUAAGGGAACUUCAAAGACUCUAUGAUGAGCUUGUUAAGUCAGCUGAUGCCUGUAAGUUGGAUCGCUAUUCUGCUUCUGACAAAUCUGGAAGGAGUAGGUGGUUGUGGUCUCGUUUCAUGCCACAAUCUUCACAUUCGCCGGUUGAAGGACUAUAUCUUUAUGGAGGAGUAGGCACUGGGAAGACUAUGUUGAUGGACUUAUUCUUUGACCAAUUGCCGUGGAACUGGAGGAAAAAGAGGAUUCAUUUUCAUGAUUUCAUGUUGAAUGUCCAUAGCCGCUUGCAGAAGCACAAGGGUGUGGCAGAUCCACUGGAAGUUGUUGCAGGAGAAAUAUCUGAUGAGGCAAUAUUAUUAUGUCUAGAUGAAUUCAUGGUGACUGAUGUUGCUGAUGCAUUGAUAUUGAAUCGUUUAUUCAGACAUCUAUUCAGCAAUGGCGUUAUUCUUGUGGCCACCUCAAAUCGUGCUCCUGAUAAUCUGUAUGAAGGUGGAUUGCAGAGAGAUCUUUUUCUACCAUUUAUUGCAACUUUGAAGGAAAGGUGUGUGGUUCAUGAAAUUGGUUCAUUAGUCGACUAUCGGAAAAUGACUUCGGCUGAGCAAGGUUUCUACUUUGUUGGUAAAGAUUUAUCAGGCCUGCUUAAGCAAAAGUUUCAAGAAUUGAUUGGGAAGCAAACGGCUGUUCCUCAAAAGGUGGAAGUAGUAAUGGGAAGGACAUUGCAGGUUCCACUGGGUGCUAAUGGGUGUGCAUAUUUUUCCUUUGAGGAAUUGUGUGACAAACCACUUGGAGCUGCAGAUUAUUUUGGCUUAUUCAAGAACUUCCAUAGCCUGGCACUGGAUGGUGUCCCGAUCUUUGGACUUCACAAUAGGACAGCAGCAUAUCGGUUUGUCACUUUAGUUGAUGUGAUGUAUGAGAACAGGGCCAGGCUAUUGUGUACAGCAGAGGGGAGUCCUCUAGAACUUUUUAGAAGGGUAGUUACAGUGGCGGAUGCCCAGCAAAUGGCACCUAGAACCUCUACGAGAUCAAGGAGAAAUGAUGAUUCUGAGAUCUGUGUAGACAAUGAACUGGGAUUUGCAAAAGACCGUACUAUUAGCAGAUUGACAGAGAUGAACAGCAAAGAAUAUUUAGAGCACCAUGCUGCCAUGUUAGUUGAGAAACAGCUCUUACAGGAAGAUGUUAUUGGAAACGCUGUGCUAGUGUGAGACAGAAUGGAAGGUAUCCAGUAUCAUUAUCUUAACCCAAUAAACUGCGGUCACUGGUUAUGCCAUUUUAUGUUCGCUAACCUGAUCACAGUUUUCCUGCCAAAUUCAGUAUAGGUUUCAUUAAAAUCUUAAGUCAGCUAGUGAAUAAAAUGUAAUUCAUCAUCUUUAAAAUAUAAAGCCAGCUUGAAUGCAAUCAAAAUCAUACUCUGUCAGAUAGGUCUUUCUUUUUCUCAGUCAUGCUGUUCAAUUUAAAUGUUAGCAAUUAUUACAGACCAGAACUUUACCCCAAUGUAACAAUUAUGUAACCAGAUUACUGGAGUUAAUGACAGGGAAAUUUUUGCUUAAAAUUA